GGCACCCUACAACACUUGACUUCUCCGUCCGCUCACCAGUAAGUCACUUUACUUUACAUAAACGGUGUUGCAGAUAAGGAAAAACAACGCAUUAGGAAAUUUUGGGAAUGAUAAUAAUCAGGAAGCUUGCCGCUAAUUUGAUAACACGCCAGAGUUCAGUUAGAAACCAUCAUAAGAUAAUCAUGUCACGGCGACUCCGUGCACGCAGAACAGACGAGGUGGACAAAAACAUUUGGGUUGAAUUCACGCAGCUGGCAGCAGAGUGCAAAGCAGUGAACCUUGGACAGGGAUUUCCUGACUUCUCUCCUCCUAAAUUUCUCCAGGAUGCUUUUUGUGAAGCUGUGAGUGGAGGCCCCCAAAUGCACCAGUACACCCGAGCUUUUGGACAUCCCCGUCUUGUAAAAAGUCUCGCUAAAUUCUUCAGCAGGAUUGUGGGACAUGAGAUUGAUCCUCUUGAAGACGUCUUGGUCACAGUUGGAGCUUAUCAGGCUCUCUUCUGUGCAUUUCAGGCUCUGAUUGAUGAAGGGGAUGAGGUUAUAAUUGUUGAGCCGUUCUUUGACUGCUACCAGCCGAUGGUGAAGAUGGUUGGGGGAAAGGCAGUCUAUGUACCUCUGAGGCCAAAAGUUGAGGGAAGUGCCGUCCUGUCGAGUGGAGACUGGGUUCUUUCUGCUGAGGAGCUGGCCAGUAAAUUCACUCCACGCACAAAAGCAAUCGUUAUCAACACUCCCAACAACCCACUGGGCAAAGUUUACAAGACUGAAGAGCUCCAAAUGAUCGCUGAUCUGUGCAUCAAACAUGACGUGCUGUGCAUCAGUGACGAGGUGUACGAGUGGCUGACUUAUGACGGAAACAAGCACGUAAAGAUAGCUAGUCUUCCUGGCAUGUGGGAGCGAACCAUCACUAUCGGCAGUGCUGGAAAGACCUUCAGCGCUACUGGCUGGAAGGUUGGCUGGGCCAUCAGCUCUGGGCAUAUCAUCAAACACUUGAAAACCAUCCAUCAGAACUGUGUUUACCACUGUGCUACAGCUGCUCAGGAGGCAGUCGCUCGCGGAUUUGAGAGAGAAUACGAGCUGUUUGGGACUCCAGAGAGUUACUUCCAACAACUGCCAGCGAUGUUGUACCAGAAGAGAAAGAAUCUGGCCUCGUGCCUGGAGAGUGUGGGUUUGCAGCCCAUCAUGCCGGAGGGAGGCUACUUUAUGAUCGCAGACAUCUCCUCUGUCAAGGUGGACAUCAGUGUCCAGAGCACUAAGGAUGAAUCCAAUGACUUCAGAUUUGUUAAGUGGCUAACAAAAGAAAAGGGUUUAGCAACAAUCCCCGUCUCUGCAUUCUACAGUCCAGAGCACAGACAGGAGUUUGACAAAUAUGUCCGAUUCUGUUUCGUCAAGGAGGACUCAACUUUGAACGCAGCAGAGGACAUCUUGAGAAAGUGGAGUCAGGGACAGUGAAACCGCCCACGAUUACAAGUAUUAUCCAUCCAGAUUUUACCAGGCUGUUUAAAGCAGCUUGGGUUGCGUCCUCAGUUAAAAUUAGCCAUAUUUAGUGUUUGUGUGCGUGUCUGUGUUAACGCACAGUCAGGUACUUGAAGACAACGUCCACUUUUAGUUUGUCCUACUGCAACUGUAAAAGCAGUCAGGUUUC